AUGUCCGGUGCAUCUGAAUCAGCGGCGGCCAUGGCUACCCGCGACAUUUUCGGCGUAUCUCCUACCGCCGUUCACAACCCGGCACCAACUGACGCUUCUCAGCCUCAGAUGGAACAUCACAUGGGAAUUUCCUACAAACCGGACAACGGUGCACCGCAACUGGGGCCGCCGCCGCAUUACCAACCCAUCCCCGCCGGCGCCACCGCGACCUAUCACCAAGUGAACAUGAACAUGAACUCCGGGGAGCAGAAACGGAAGAGGGGGCGGCCAAGGAGGUAUGGCCCCGACGGAGGUAUGUCUGUCUCCACGGCUCCGCCACAACAGCAGCAGCAGCAGACUUUCUCCCCGCAGCCACCGUCGCCCGAGGUGCCUCUUCGGGCGGAGAUUCCUCCACCCGGCUCGGCCUCACCCACCGUCAAGAAGGCCAGGGGCAGACCUCGUGGUUCGCAAAAUAAAAAGAGGAAAAGUGAUUUCACGGAAGCUUCAGGCUCAGCUGGUACUGCAUUGUUACCCCAAAUAGUCGAUGUGAAUGCAGGAGAGGACAUCUCUUCGAAAAUAUUAGCUGUUUCGCAAAAUGGCCCCAGUGCUGUUUGUGUUCUCUCGGCAAGUGGGGCAAUAUCGCACGUUACACUCCGUCAGGCUGCCACAUCUGGUGGAACAGCGACCUACGAGGGUCGAUUUGAUAUUUUGUCGCUGUCUGGCUCGUUUAUGCUACACGAAGUUGGUGGCCAAAGGAGUCGGACGGGUGGCUUAAGCGUUGCUUUAUCCAGCCCAGAUGGGCGGGUGUUGGGCGGCUCUGUGGCUGGUCUAUUGGUGGCAGCAUCCCCGUCACAGGUUGUAGUAGGAUGCUUUGAGCCAGAUGGUCAGAAAGAAUCUGGACAAAAUCACAUGAUGCGGCCAAUGGUUAACCAUGGUGGUGCUGUGGGUCCCAACAGCUCACCUUCAACAGGGAGCCCGGGUGAGUCCUCUGGUGGACCCGCUAGCCCUCUAAAUAUGAGCUCGGGUGCAUGCAUCGACCUCCCAGAUGGCAUGCCGUGGAAAUGA